UAUAGAGAGGGCGGCCUUCAUCUCUUGACAACUUGACGCUUUGGUACGUUGCUGUGGCUUUCUUGAGAUUCCAGCACAGAAGAUCAACUUUCUCGAAGAAAUAUCAUGAAGUUAAAACGUUUUUUGUUGAGAUACUACCCACCAGGUAUCAUUUUAGAGUAUGAACAAAGUCGAAGCAAGAUAGUUAAAACAAAAUCUAUUGAUCUUCUUGAUUUAAAGCCAGAGUCAGAUGUUGAUGCCUUAUUAGAUCAGAUAGCUCAAAAAGAGCCUUUAAUAACGCCAGGCCGGAUGGAACAAGUCCGACAACUCAUCGAGAAACUUCAACAGAAACUCUCCCAAUCUGAUGAUCACAAAUUCCAUUUGUUUAAGGUUUUGCGGGCCCAUAUUCUUCCACUGACAAAUGUGGCCUUCAACAAAUCUGGCUCCAGCUUCAUAACAGGGAGCUAUGACAGAACAUGCAAGAUCUGGGACACUGCAUCUGGGGAGGAGCUGCACACACUAGAAGGCCAUCGAAAUGUGGUCUACGCUAUUGCAUUUAAUAAUCCUUAUGGUGACAAGAUAGCAACAGGUUCCUUUGACAAGACUUGUAAAUUAUGGAGCUCAGAGACUGGCAAAUGCUAUCACACAUUUAGGGGCCACACAGCUGAAAUUGUGUGUGUGGCAUUCAACCCUCAGAGCACCAUUGUGGCCACAGGUAGCAUGGACACAACAGCUAAACUAUGGGACACGCAAUCAGGCUCUGAGAUUUGCACAUUGUCUAAGCAUAUGGGCGAAGUUAUAGCAUUAUCGUUCAACACCACAGGGUCGCAGAUCAUCACUGGAUCCUUUGAUCACACGGUGUGCUGUUGGGAUGUAAGAAGUGGCAGGCAAAUAUACACCCUGAUAGGUCAUCGAGGUGAAAUAAGCUCAGCACAGUUUAAUUAUGACUGCUCAUUGGUUGUUACUGGUUCCAUGGACAAGACAUGCAAGAUCUGGUCGACUGAUAGCGGAAAGUGUGUAGGCACCUUGCGGGGACAUGAAGAUGAAAUCCUGGACGUGGUGUUUGAUUACACAGGACAGUACAUCGCAACAGCAUCGGCAGAUGGUACAGCACGCGUAUACAACGCCACCACACAUCAGUGUAUCUGCAAACUUGAAGGUCAUGAGGGUGAAAUAUCAAAGAUUGCAUUCAAUCCACAAGGAAGCAAGAUAUUGACAGCAAGUGCGGAUAAAACAGGCCGGUUGUGGGACCCUAGGACUGGCACAUGUCUGCAAGUAUUAGAGGGACAUACUGAUGAAAUCUUCAGCUGUGCUUUUAACUAUGAGGGCAGCACUAUUAUAACAGGUAGUAAAGACAACACCUGCCGUAUCUGGAGAUGAUGAUAUAAUUGAUAAAUCACCUUUGACCUAAUGCUGACAUCAUGAACAAUAAAACCAAAAAGAAAUGUGAUCAAUUUAAAAAAAUUUGUUUACUACUUGAAGCAAAGAUAAUUGUUUGAUAAAUAUCCUCUCGCCCCAGCUGCUAGUGGUGGUGUUGUUUCUGGUGGAACAGUAAUUUUUGUCCCGUCCAAGCUUGUCAUGUAAAUAGCCAGCGAGUUCAUUAGAAUUGAGUGCAAUUUGACAGCUUCCAUCCAAUUCACUUCAAACUUCCAAUAAGAAAAAAAAAAUGAAGCGUACAUUGCAAUCUUUAUUAAUAAAUCUUGUUAUAAAAUGAGGUCCAUUUACACUAUAUGCAAAAUGUAAAUAUUAUUGAUUCCUUAGGAAUCUUCCAUUCUUUAAUUUAACUAGAGUACAAAAUAGGGGGGGGGGGAGCAGCGUAAACAAUGUAUUUACUCUUAAAAUUAUGAAAAGAAAAAUAUAAAAAUCAUCAUUUAAUUGUGUACUCUUUUUUGGGCAAAAGAGGGUAGUAUGUAUGUAUUCUUUCAAAAUGUCCCUUCUGGUUUAUUAAUGACAGCCUGUCUUCUGCUUAUUGCAGUAUAACAGUAUCCCCAGCUUUUUUUUUUUAUUGUUUGCACUAAUAUUUGAAUCUAUUUGAAUGUGUGGUUGCAAUCCGAUACGAUGUGGUGGUGUUUUGUUGUUCAUCUUCUAUUCCAUCUAGAAUAUUCCCUUUUUCUAUCAACAUUAAUUCAUGAACUAUAUUACUGUUUUCACACAUACAACAAUUUGAAUCUAGACUAUACCCCAUCACAGCCUGCCUCUAUGCUGGAAUUAUAUUAGCGCAUAGCCUUGUUUAGGUUUUUAUAGCGCACAAUUUCAAAUAAUAUUUUGUCGCUUGCAAAUAUAUAGUUAAUAAAAUGUGUGCCAGACAGUG